UGGUUUCUCAACUCACUUAUACGUUUUUUUCUUCCUUAACGGAAGCACACGACAGCAUACAUCACACCUGUUGACGAUGGCGGCAGAGGUUGCGCCGCUUCCGCAGCUGAAGCUUCCUUCGGGGCCUUCUCAAAUUACUGCAGAACAGCGAUAUUGGAAGUCAUUUAAGAAUCAACUUGUGAUUCCGUCGCCGACUCAAUACCCCAUCACCCACAUCACCGUUCCCGCGACUAAUCCAGCUGCGAUUGGUACUUCCAACAAUGAUUAUUUCGCUGUCACGACGGGAACCCGCGUCCAGAUUUACUCGAUAAGAACGAGGAAGCUGGUUAAGACGAUUACCCGUUUUGGAGACAUUGCGCGAAGCGGAGACGUACGACGGGAUGGUCGUAUAUUGGUGGCCGGAGACGAUACGGGCAAGAUACAAGUCUUUGACGUCGGGUCGCGAGCGAUUCUCAAGACGUGGGCGCAACAUAAGCAGCCAGUAUGGACAACGAAAUUCUCCCCGGCCGAUCUCACGACUCUUAUGAGUACGAGCGAUGAUAAAACAGUGAGAUUAUGGGAUCUUCCUAGCCAAGAGAGCACGUCGACGUUCGUAGGCCAUGCCGACUACGUGCGCAGCGGCAGCUUCAUGCCCGGAACCAUGUCAAACAUGCUGGUAUCCGGUAGUUACGAUUCCACAGUGAAGCUCUGGGAUCCCCGAACACCGGGCACAGCCGUCAUGACGUUUAAACACGCUGCACCUAUAGAGGACGUGUUACCUCUUCCCUCUGGAACUACUGUUCUCGCAUCGUCCGAGAACCAGAUCUCCGUUCUAGACCUCGUGGCUGCGAAACCGCAACACAUAAUAUCCAAUCACCAGAAGACCGUCACUUCUCUGUCCCUUGCCUCUAACGGCCGUCGCUUAGUGUCCGGAGGUCUAGACGGCCAUGUCAAGAUCUUCGAGACGACGGGUUGGAACGUCGUCGCAGGCGCCAAGUACCCCUCUCCCAUCUUGGCUGUUAGGGUCAUUACCGCCGGCGCCAACGACGACGACCGACACUUAGCAGUCGGCAUGCAGUCUGGUGUUCUCUCGCUGCGCACGCGGCUCACGGGACCUGAAGCAACCCGCGAGCGUGAGCGUGAGAAGGAGAUGGCCGCGCUGCUCUCCGGGAACAUCGACUCGCACGACAAAGUCAAGAAUAAGCGGAAGCGUCGUCACGGCGCAGCCAAGCAUCUCGACAUGAUCGGAGAGGGCGCCGACGUCGUCAUCGCCAAUGAUCUCUCGCGACCCAAGCGCGAGACGCCCUGGCAGAAAGACCUACGGCAUGGCCGGUUCGCUGCGGCCCUAGACCGUGUGCUCGACCCAAGCGCCAAGGACCACAGUCCAUUAACGGUGCUUACGCUGCUGAUCGCACUUCGCCAUCGCAGCGCCCUACGCGAAGCCCUCGAGGGUCGCGACGAGGCCACUGUCCAGCCCAUCCUCAAAUGGGUGCAGACACACAUCAUCGACCCGCGCUACGUAAGCAUGUGUACCGACGUCGCCAUGCACCUACUCGAUCUAUACUCCGAAUUCGUCGGCGGCAGCGCCGAGCUCCAGGCUAACUUCAAGACGCUGCACCGCAGGGUGCGGCUCGAAGUCGAGAGGGCGCAGGUGGCGACUCAGACGAGCGGGAUGCUGGGGACCUUGCUAGUGAGCAGCUUGGAUUAAUGUUACUCGGCUCUAUCGAAGAAGAGACGGAUCGGUCUGAGGGAAAGGGGGGGUAUCGGGGGAAGUGGAA